CGUCCUCUCCCCUCCCCCUCCCCCUCCCCGCCCCCGCCGCCAUGCUGCAACUCCGAAAUCGCUUCCUCCCUCUGCUCCGCGCCGCCUCCACGCUACACUCCCCAAUCCACCCCCGCGCGUGCCGCCUCCUCCUCUCCACAUCCACCUCCACCACCCUCCCCGCGGCCUUCUCCCUCGAGGACUACCUCGUCGCUGCCUGCGGCCUCGCCCCAGCCCAAGCCCGCGAGGUGUACAAGAAGGUGUCCCGCGAGUUGCUAUCCAUUGGAUACAAGAGAUCAUUGGAGCUCUCCAACUCCCGUCUCACCUCUGCCUCCAACCCUGAUGCUAUCCUCGCCCUGCUCUCCGGCGCCGGUCUCUCCCGCGCCGACAUCGCCGCCGUCGUAUCCGCAGAUCCGCUUCUCCUUCGCGCUUCCGCGAAGAACAUCGCCCCCCGCCUUGUUGCUCUUCGAGACCGGGUCGGUCUGUCUGCUCCCCAGAUUGCUCGCUUCCUCGUGGUCGGCGCACGCGCACUCCGCCGGGGCGACGUCUCUUCCAGGCUAGAGUUCUUCAUCUCCUUCUACGGCUCGUUUGAGAAGGUGCUGGUGGCCCUAAAGAGGAAUAGAGUCCUCCUCAAUAUGAGCCUUGAGAGGAUAAUCAAGCCUAACAUAGCUUUGCUUUGUCAGUGGGGUGUUCGAGAUAUUGUCCAGCUGUGUUCAAACAACACGCGGUUGCUUAACUUCAAGCCAGAACGCGUCAAGGAGUUUUUGCUGCGGGCGGAACAGCUUGGGGUGCCACGAACUUCACGGAUGUUUAGGCACGUGGUGUCGGUCGUCGCCGGUAAUCCCAAAGAGAAGGUUGCUGCCAAGCGUGAGUUCUUUAAGAGGACCCUCGGUUGUUCUGAGUCUGAGGUUUCCUCUGCAGUAUCCAAGAUGCCAGCUAUAUUAGGGUUCUCUGAUGAGAUUCUUCUCCGCAAAAUUGAGUUCCUUGUCAAUGAAGUUGGGGUGGAGCCACAAUACAUUGUUCAAAGGCCUGUCCUGUUGGCAAUGAGCCUGGAGAAGAGGCUAAUGCCGCGGCAUUAUGUCAUGAAGGUCCUGCGGGAAAAGGGUUUGCUGGAUAGUAGAACGGGCUUUUCAACAUUCGUUAAAUUUGGAGAUGAUGCUUUCAAAUUGAGGUUCAUUGACUGUCACGAGGACUCUGUUCCUGGCCUUGCAGAUGCUUAUGCUACAGCUCGUGCUGGUAUUGUGCCCAGUGAUCUCUGACUGCUCAUAGACCCUCAAUUCUGAUCUCUGCAGUAGAAUCACCAGUGAUCUUUGACUUGUUGUAGACAAAGUUUAAGUUAUGGUUAUUUAUGGAGGAGCUGGGUCUGGCUUGUUCUAGAGGCUCACUGUGCAUGUUUGUUGGUUUCUUGUUCUGCCUAGCUCAUUGCUGAAGAUUAUCUUACUGAUUGUUCUAUGAAUAAGUCUGUAUUGGGCAACUCAUUACGCUAUUCGGAAUCUGACAGUAAGCCGCUUUUCCUGGUAUCUAACCAAUUUUUAUUAGCAUAUUUUAUUCCAA